AUGCUUCGUUACCGCACUGAGGGUUACCACGGCUGUGCGGUCAAGUACUCCCCAUUCUUCGACAAUCGGCUUGCGGUCGCCGCGUCGUCCAAUUUUGGGCUGGUAGGAAAUGGACGACUCUUCGUCCUGGAACUCACUCCGAAUGGGAUUGCGCCCUUGAAAUCGUUCACCACCCAAGAUUCGCUCUAUGACCUUGCCUGGUCCGAGAUCCAUGAAAGCCAGGCCCUCGUUGCCUCUGGUGACGGUAGCAUAAAGCUGUUCGACUGUAACCUAAAUGAUUUCCCCAUUCAGAACUGGAAAGAGCACAACCGCGAGGUCUUAAGUGUCAACUGGAAUCUUGUUGUCAAGGAUCGCUUCUGCUCCAGCAGUUGGGACGGCACUGUGCGCGUCUGGUCUCCUCAUCGUCCUCACUCCCUUGUCACUCUUCCAACCCACAGCUGUACAUAUUCCGCGGCUUUCUCGCCACACUCGCCCGAUAUUGUUUCUUGCGUGGCCUCCGAUUCUUAUCUCCGCCUCUUUGACCUUCGCACUCCGGCCUCGGCCUCCAACCACCUCGUCAUGCAAAUCCCUAUUCAUGCGGCCCCGGCGUCUUCCGUCCCUGGUGUCCCGGGUGUCCCGCCGGCCGCCUGUCCUCCAUCUGAAGCUUUGACACAUGAUUGGAACAAAUACCGUCCGUCGGUCCUGGCAACAGCCGGUGUGGAUCGCACCAUUCGCACGUUCGAUAUCCGUGCUCCUCAGCAGGGUCCUCAAGCCGUCAUGGUUGGACACGAUUACGGCAUUCGCAAGAUUUCUUGGUCACCACAUCUCUCCAACGUGCUUCUCAGUGGCGGUUAUGACAUGACUUGUCGUGCUUGGACUGACCAGUCACCCGCAGGAGUAGUCGGAGACAUCGACAUCUUGCACGCAGGACCGAGUCCGGUUAUGGGUGCAGAGUUGGGCCGGAUGGGACAUCACACUGAGUUUGUGACGGGACUCGACUGGUGCCUGUUUGGUAGUGAAGGUUGGUGCGCGAGCGUGGGAUGGGACGAGAACUUGUUUGUGUGGGAUGUGCGAGCCGUCAUGGGGUAG